AUGGAUCAACGUAACCAAAAAUCCUUGUUGCCCGAUUUUUCAAAUAGUUUCGCCGGGCAAUUUAAUGGGAUUCCACAUGGCAACGCGAAUUCGCUCAUGUCCACAUUACAUACUUUGCAAAGUAUGGGUAACCAAUUGUUACCCUCCACCGAUCUCCAUAACGAUAUUCAAAAACAGUUUCUACUUGAACAGCUACAGCUAACAGCAAUGCAAAACAUGCAAAACAUGCAAAAUAUGCAAAACAUGCAAAGUAUGCAGAACAUGUACAAUACUAUCAAUGGAACAACUCAAAAAUUGGAUUCAAAGUUCGCCACAAUCUCACAGCCCAAUCUCUUCUCCACCAUGACAGGAACCGAGCCAUCUACCUCCACGAAUCUCUACUCUUCCUUACCAUCUACUUCAGGAUUACAAAAUACUGUAUCUCAACAUGCUCUUGCUGCUGCAUCAACGUUGCCAAAUUUAGCUCUACAAAGUACGCUAAUGCUCGAUGGAAAACUGGGAGGAGCGUUGAAUAUGAAACUACCACAAACAACAAUCGAUCAAACGCAAGCGGCAGUUGUUGAAGAUUGGAUGAAGAACAUACGCGUGGACAGUUUGCUGGACCCAUUCAAGGCUGCUAAUACUUCCACCCUCCAACCCUCUUUGUCUCUAAACACACCAAUUGCGCCCAUGUCGUCAUUAGCCCUUUCAAAUGAUGCAUUCAAGUACACAUCACAAUUAAUAAAAGCCCAAUUCGAGCAGUCAUCAUUGAUACAACAAUCGGAGCCGACAGUAGUCCAACCGAAAGUUACGGCUCCUGAACCAGUUCAACCUCAAGUGCCGUCACCAGAAGUUGAAAUCAUCCAUGUUACCGAUACUCCUUCCACCUCAACUGCAACACUCUCCAACUCCGAAAUACCAUCUACGCCUCUCGAUUUUGUGAUGCCCGUCAAAACAUCAACGCCCGCCGAAGCAUCAACGCCAAUUGAUACUUCAACUCCUGCAAAGGCAAUGACACCGGCCGCGGAAAUAACAUCUGCAGAAAGGGCAGCGACGGCCACACCUACCGCCACCCUUGCGACGAUUACGCGCGAGGCAACAGCUGAGAGGGCGGAUACGGAAGCGCAAUCGGCGUUAGAAUUUGAUGAGGCGCACGAUGAUGUUGAUAAUAUUUUUGGAUUAUCGUUACCAGAAGAUGCGGUUGGAACAAGUGCGUUGUAUAGAAGGCCGAGCUCAGCGGAAGGUGGAUUAAGUCCGAUUGAUCUCCUGAGUUUUCUGCUGAAUGAUUUUUGCAGUGUGUGGUCGAGCGUUGUCAUGGAGCAAGAGUGUUGUCGAAGUGUCCACGCCUUUGCGUUUAAGAGCUUGGUCCACACGGUCCAGCUGAUCUUUGUAAAAAUCCGCAUUCACCGUUUCACCUGGUCUCAGAAGUUCAAAAUGCACGAUACGUGUGUUCCACUAGACACAUAUCAUCACCUUCUUUCCGUGGAUGUCCGGUUUUGGAGUCGGUUUCGGGGUCUCGCCAGGACUCAGCCACUGUUUUUUUCUCCCAUUAUUGUCCUAAAUCCAUUUCUCAUCCGAUGUCAAAUUCGAAUCGAAGAAACCACGAUUUUUGGAGCGACGCAUCAGAAUAUUGGCAACUUCAACACGUCUUUCCUUGUUCGAAUCGGAAAGCUCAUGAGGGACCCAUUUUCCACAUCUGUUUGUCUUUCCGAUUGCAUGCAAAUGUCUGGGAAUUGUGGAAAAAUCCUCUAUCGAAGUUCUGCAACCCUCAAAAACAAAACAAAUGUUCAGUUCACACCACCCGACUCACCACAGCAGGAAUUCACACUUGAUGACAUUUUUGGUCUACCAUCUGACCCAAAAUCGAGUUCCAAAAAGGAACCAGCAGUCCUUCCCGCCCCACUCAAGCCAAAAAUGGAGCCCAGAUUCAGUGAUAGCCCUACAACUAGCACUUUCGACGCUCAUGGCUCCUCCGACCCAUCUACCUCUACCUCGCUUGUCAAAUCAACACUAGCUCUAUCGAAGGAAGACGAAGAACUCAUUAAUAAUUUCGUGAAACCAAAUACCAUUCCUGUAUACCGACAAAAGGCGGCGUUGAUGUCAUUGGUCGCCCAAGAAACCGCUAAAAAGAAAGACCCGACUUACGAUGCGUUUGAAUUUGAAGAUGAUGAUGAAUUGAUAGGAGGAGAAACAUUAGGAGAAAUAAAACCAGAGCAAGAUCUGCCGAAACCAGUUGUUGAGCAACCUAAAAUGAAAAGUAUAUACAUUCCUGGAGUAGGAUUUGAAAUUCAAGGUCCCGAAAAGCCAGCACCCAAAAAGUAUCAACCAAAACCAACGGCUAUCGUAGUUCACCAAGAUUCUUUUCUAGAUAAAGUAUUCCUCACGGACGCAGACAAACUACGCUCCGAACGAGACGAAGAACUAAGCUGUCCACUAUUCAAAAUCAAUCAAAUUGCAAGUACGGAGUGCGCAAAGAAUACAAGAAGGUUCACUAAGGAGCAACCACUUUUACCCAAGUUUAUAAUUCGAAUUGAUCAUUUGCAAACCAUCAGUGAAGAACCAAUGGCAACUAGGAAACGAACAAAACGGAAGAAAAACAAGAAUGACAGCGAUAGCGAGGACUAUGAUUAUUAUGAAGAUGUGGCCUACAGGAAAAGGAAAACAACAAGAAAAGUGUACACUAUCCACCGAGACACAGGUGGUAUUUCUCAAAGGAAAGUUGUAGACUUCCCAAUUGGACCGUGCGUAUCUAAUGAGGACAAAAAACGAGUACGGACGUUUGGUCCAGCUGAAGGAAUUCUGCCGAAAGGAACAUAUGUUGUCUGUAAAACCGAUAUUCUGAAAGAUGACUGUGCGGUGUGGAGGGUCGACAAUCAGAAUUUGCUUCAAAAGUUUCCUCCUUUUCGAGAUACAAAGACGAAUAAGCUGGUGUACAGAAGUAGUAGUACGUAUUCCGGAUGGUGUGAACAAAUCGCAUGUCAUUACUUCCGUGUCCUCGUGCGAAUUUUAAAGCAGAAUCGUUCUGAAACAACUGUGGAACCCGAAGUUCCGCUAGCCGACCUCUUCUGCGCAUCAUCUGUGGAAUUUUUUAGAAAUCCAAGAACUGUGUUUAUCAAAGGUAAAAAAUCACAUAAUUUCCAAAUUUAUCCACAAAAUUUUACUUUUUUAGAAGACACCAACGAGAAUACUGAUGAAGCAGCGGCAACGGAGAAUCCGGAAAUCUCGAAUCCGAUAAAACUUGCUUUGCAGAAAAUUGUCACUGCUUAUAUUAUUCAAGUUUUCAACAAGAAACACAUUGAAUAUCUUAAUGAUAAAAAUGAUUUCAACUACAUCCAUUCCGUCGAUGAAGUGGAAAGUCAGAAUUCGCAGUGCGAAGAGCUGAUCAAGAAGCGUAUACCAAUUGAACUAAAGCACAGAAGAUGGAUCGGAACGUAUACUAGACUUGCUGUUUCAAAAUCAGCGUAUUAUUGUCUGGGAAAGUGUCAGAUAUGUAAACGAAAAAAACCAAGGAGAAUCAUUCAUUUUUUCGACAAAACGCCAUACACGCUAAAUAUGACGGUUGAAGAGAAGCCGGAAGAAACGCCGAUUGAAAAAUGGAGAGAUCCGAUUGUAGCUGAUGCCAUCUCAUGUGGACGGUGUGCAAUGGCGGUGGAAUUUCUACACAAAAUGCAUCAUAUGAGAUUUCACUUGUUGCGAGAAUGUCGAGAUAAGUUGGAAGAACUGGGAACCACCGACAUUGAUUUGUCCGUUGAGGAAAUGAUGGAAAAGGCGACAACGGACAAAAAAUGGAUGAAUGAACUCAUCGACAAGAAUUUCCACCUAUGGGACCAAGUCCGCUCUGAAUUCCGCGAAGUUUAG